AUAAUCAGGCCCUAAACCCGCGGGGUUCAUGGCCGCGCCGCUGACGACCGGCGCCGCGCCCUCGCCGGAGCAAGGGGUGAGGCGGGUGGCCACGGCGCUGCUGUUCCUGGCGGCCGUCGCGCUUCCGUGCCUCGUGCUGUAUCACGCCGUCGCGCCCGCCGGGGUGCUCGUCCCGCCCGCCGCCAUGCUGCCGUGGAUGCAGGCCGCCGGGCCGCCGCACGACGACGACGAAGUCAACCUGGAGAGCGACAGCGAGGACGAGAGGCUGGAGCGUGUCCUACGAGCGGCGGCGAUGGCAAACGACACCGUGAUCCUGACGACGCUGAACUCUGCGUGGUCAGAGCCGGGCUCCGUGGUGGACGUGUUCCUGGAGAGCUUCCGGAUCGGCGAGCACACACGGGAGCUGCUGGACCACCUCGUCAUCGUCUCGCUCGACGCCACCGCGCACCGGCGGUGCAAGCAGAUCCACACGCACUGCCUCGCCGUGGCCACGGAGGGCGUCGACUUCUCCGGCCAGAAGAACUUCAUGUCCGACGGGUACCUCCGGAUGAUGUGGCGCCGGAUCGACUUCCUUCGUCUCGUCCUUGAGAAGGGGUUCAGCUUCAUCUUCACGGACACGGACAUCGUGUGGUUCCGGAGCCCGCUGCUGCACCUCUAUGCCGAGGGCGACUUCCAGAUCGCCUGCGACCACUUCACCGGCGACCCGGACGACCUGGGCAACAUGCCCAACGGCGGGUUCACCUACGUCAGAGCCAACUCCGAGACGGUGGAGUUCUACAAGUACUGGUACGCGGCGAGGAAGCUCUACCCGGGGCGGCACGACCAGGACGUGCUCAACAUGAUCAAGCGCGACCCCUACCUCGAUGAGAUCGGCGUCAGCAUCAGGUUCCUCAGUACCGAGUUCUUCGGGGGCCUCUGCGAGCCCAGCCGGAACCUUAGCACCGUCUGCACCAUGCACGCUAACUGCUGCGUCGGCCUACGCCGCAAGAUUAACGACCUCAACGUCAUGCUCCACGACUGGAGGAGGUUCAUGUCGCUGCGGGACAAGGACAAACACUCCGUUUCAUGGAGCGUACCUCAGAACUGCAGUCUGAAUAAAGUGGAGUAGUAGGACAAGUGGAGGAUCAAUUGCUAGAAAAUGUCAAGGCAAUGAGAUGAGGAGGAGGCAUGGAGGUGUGUAAAGAUGCGUUUGAUAGCAUUUGUGCUUGUUUGUACCGUAGCUUAUAUACAGAUGGAGCCUAGUGGCGCUGCUGACUGUCACCGGGAAUUUUCCCAGUAAUCCAAAUUCCUUCCUAUAAGUUAGGAAGAUGCAAAAGAAAUUGAAUAGACUCUUGAAACCAAAAAAAUGUAAUCUGCCUGGAUUUUACAAAAUCAAGUGCUAAUCGAAUUGAUUACCAUCUCUUUUA